GGAUGAAGAGCUUUUUACUUUGCUGCGUUUUUCUCUGCACGAUGUUGCCGCGGAGCAACAUGCAAAUUGCUGUACCUGCCACAGUGUUGAACUGCUGUGAGGGGGAUAUUCUCCUUUUGCUGGACUCCUCAGGGAGCAUAGCAAACUACGAGUUCUCACGCCUCCUGCAUUUCACUGCCGAGCUGCUUCGCCCCUUCUCAUUGGGCCGUGGGCACGUAAGAGUGGGCCUGCUGCAGGUGGGCACCAACCCAAACCUGGAGUUCAGCCUGGACAUCCACAACAGUCAGGAAAGUCUACAGAAAGCCCUGCGACGUGUCAUCCACCUGCAUGGAGACACCAACACUGUGGCAGCGCUGAGGGUGGCCCAGCAACUCCUGACAGAGAGGGAGGAGGAUGUGCCAAAGAUACUGCUUUGGCUGACUGAUGGUGUGCAGCCUGGAGAUGUGGAGAAGCCCAUGACGGAGCUGAAGGCGCAGGGGGUUUCUGUGUUAAUUGUAUCUACCGUACAUGGCAACUACCAGGUUUUACAACGUGCAGUGACACCUCCUCUGGAGUCCCACCUCUACUCUGUGGACAUAGAUAACAUCAACAUCAUCACGGAAGAUCUGAGGGAGGCCAUCAUCGAAAUUAUUCGUGCAGAACGGCUGCGCAUUGUUCACUUGACUUCCCACAAUGCUGUGCUGCAGUGGCGUCCUGUUCUGAGAGCAGACAGCGGUUACUAUGAGCUCUGGUAUAACUCCAUGUUGAAAACAGACAGUGAGACCAGACAUAUUCUCUCAGGCGACUCCAGCUGGGUAGAGCUGACUAACCUCCAGCCUGAUACCACCUACACAGCGUCCGUCCACCCAGAGUCCAACCAGAGGCUGUUUAACACACUCUCUGUUAACUUCACCACUCUUCCUGAUGCUUUAAGCCUGGCAGUGGUCUCCGUGUCCGACUCUGGCCCUCACCAGAUCCGUGUGAGCUGGGGUCCCCUGCAGCCAGGCCAGGUCCGGAGAUACAUGGUGGAGUACGGCGCUAUUCCGAGCGGACGUGUCCAGACUGUGACGUUGCACAACCAGAGAAACUCUACCUUACUUACUGGCCUGGAGCCAGGCACUCAGUACCUGGUCACAGUCAGUGCUCUGCAUAAAAAUGGGAAAGAAAUAGCAAUGUCAGUGAGGGCAUGCACUCAGGAGGCUCUGCCUGCUCUUGCCGACCUUCAGCUGAUCCCAGUGGAGAGUCAGGAGGUGCAGGUAGUGUGGCAGGCCCAUCAGGAAGGCUUGAAAGGCUACUAUCUCAAAUGGGAGGGAGAAGACUCCCAAAGGUCCUCCUCAAAGUCCUCAUUCUCCUCAGUACACCUGUCUCCUACCACUCGUUCAACGCGGCUCACACAUCUUGCCCCGGGCAGCCGAGUGUGUGUGUCUCCAGUCUACAGCUCGGGCAUAGGAGACGGAUUAUGCUGUAAUGCAGAGAGUCACAGAGAUUCCAGCCAGGGGGGUUAACAACCAGAGUCUGCAGCAAAAAACAAGGAAGAAAUCAAGCAUUUUACGUGCUGGAUGCACUAAAUAACUUGUCG